AUGCCCAAAAUCAAGAGCUACACUCCUGCCUGGCUCUCUCAGCCGUCCCCGGGACACCGACUCUUUGCGCCGUCAAGCGAACAGCCCAGGAGCUCCCUCGCCUCCGCUUCAGUUCCUAGACUGGCUCCCCGGCGGACGAUAGCCCGGUCUGGUUCCCAAAUAUUUGUCGCAGUUGGGAAGGAAGUGCGAUGGGCCGACCUGAUCGAAUUAAAAGAGAUAUGGCACGCAAGAUCAGCCCGAGGAGGGUCAGGCUCGCGGUUGAACCGUGAGGAUUCUGGCGGCCCGGAAGAGGAAGAACUGCUAAGAGCCGCGGCGCAAGAUGGUUAUGCGGGCUUUCGCACAAUCAAGAUUCCUGUUGGCUCCGACAUACAGCAGCUCAUCAUCUCACCAUAUGCAGAAUAUCUGGCAGUCUUGACCACACACACUAUUCGCAUCUGUGCUGUUCCCGAUCUAUCCUAUCUGACAAUGCCGAGUAACGAUGUCAUCAAACCAAAGUCAUGGACACUCGGCCCAACAACACACGUGGUUAACCAAUCCCCCAUUGCGUCGGCAUUGUGGCAUCCUUUAGGAGUUCACGGCACUGCUCUCGUAACGGUCACUACUGAUGCUGUGGUGCGGGUCUGGGAACUAUCACCGACUGAUCGCUGGUCUUUCGACUCUCCCACGCUCACCAUCGACCUCAAAAAGCUUGCUGAUGGCACCUCCCUGGAUCAGAAUUUUAGUGCCACCACAGAUACCCGCAAAGGGUUCUCCCCAGACUCAUUUGAAAUGGAUGUUGCAUCAGCAUGCUUCGCUGCUCGGGGGUCUGGAGGAUGGUCUCCGAUGACCCUGUGGGUGGCUAUGCGAGAAGGAGACGUAUACGCCUUGUGUCCCCUGCUUCCCACCCGUUGGGCGCCUCCGUCCACUUUAAUUCCGUCGCUUUCGGUUGCCAUUGUUGGAAAUUUGGCUGCGAUCGAAGAUGACCCAGAGGUCUCUCAACAUGCGAAGUUGCUAGCACAGCAGCAACUGGAUUGGAUGUCCGACUUAGACAAUCAAGAACCUACAGAAAUUAAACACGCCCCAGGGGAGAUGCCUACUGAAAUCUACACUCGACCUGCGAGACCAGGAGUCAUUCCCAAACUUCAAGGACCCUUCGAGCUUGAUUUGAGCGUCGAUUCUCAAGUGGAUUCAGAUCUAGAAUUGUCUGAUAUUUUCGUCAUCGGCCAGAAAGUAGACCUCAAUGAGCUGAUGAUGGGCGAAGACGAGGAAGUGGAGGUUGAUGAUAGUGACCGCGAGGGUCUUUCACUCAAUGUUGUCUGCUUGCUUGCCUCGAGCGGUCAGCUACGGAUUUGUUUAGACUCCGACGGGGUGCAGGCCCAAUGGUUACCACCUCGAAACAGGUCAAAAGUCAAGAACCCCUUGACAGAAGACGCUGAAACGCCUUCGUUAUUGACCUUUCAAACUCUUGAUAUUCUGGGCAAUCUGGAAACGACAGAGGGUGGAUGGCCGAUGUUUAGUCUCGACAUCACAUCACGCUAUGCUUUCUUUGUCACCAAUUUCUCCAGCAUUACAUAUGUGUCACUUUCUCCUUGGGUAUUCAGGCUCGAAAGUGAACUUCUGGGGGACUCUGAAGCGGGCUCGGAUUUUCGAAUUGAUCUGCUCGUGGGUGGCCAGAGCUCAACCAGAGAGAGACUAUAUACAAGCCCGGUUCAAGGCAGCACCGCUCCCCCUCUGACUGCCUCGGUCGCUAUUCGGGAUCCCGAUAUUGGCUACUUCUUGCUGUCCGCAACACCCUUCGAGCCGGUUGCUAUAGUGUUUGAAGCGCCGGAAAAUGACUUCCAGCCGCUCCUCACUUCUGCUUCGCCCGGCUUCAAUGUUGAUAUAGACGUCAAGCCCCUAGACUUCUACGAACCCCGGCCGAUUUUCCAACCAUCGCAUGCAUUCGAAGAGAGCUCGGCGCUGCCCAGCCUGUUGGGUCGACUCCGCACAAGUCGGCACAAGGCCAUUGUGGACCAGGAAGUGCGCCUGUCGCCCGUCACGUUGCAGGUAUUCACGGAUGCCCACAAGGUUCUCAGUGAGGAGACGUAUCGACUUGGGGAGGCCGCGUCUGAACUCUUCCGACGCCUGCAGACGUUGCAAGCUGAGCUCAAGCAACAAAUCACCAAGGCGGGCGAAGUUCGAGCGCGAGUGGACGCCAUCACUGGAGACGAUCAAAACGAAGGCAUGGAAACAGAGACAACCAACGCCGCGCUCGAGAGGCGUCUGCGUAGCGCCAGAGAGAGAAGCAAGGCUAUCAGUGGGAGACUGGAGAGAAUGCGUAGGACGAUCCACAAGGCAACAAGUCGUGAAUUGAGCGACAAGGAAAGAGCAUGGAUCAAGGAGGUCAACGCCCUGGACGCCAGUAUCCGUGGAUCUACGUCCUCGGCAUCAGAUGGCCGGGCCCGCUUGAAACAGCUAGGCAAGAGAUACGACGAGGCUAAGGCACUCAUAGAUGAGCUUGCGUCACAGGCUGAGAAUCUGACCAAGCCGGCGACAGGUGAUGGAGAGGAGGACAAUGUGUCUGCCUCACCUGAUCUUCGCAUACCCUCCGAACUCAGAAAGGCAAAGAUCAAUCAGGUGAGAGGGCUGCUGGAACGUGAGACAACCUUGGUAGAUGCUGUGAAAUCCAGACUCGAGCGAUUAUCAGUUGAUGGAUAG